CUGGGAGCUGUAAGACCUUGAAGUUGGUGGAGUGGCUCAGUAACUUCCUCUCUUCUCGUGCCGUCUUGACGGACGGGUCGAGAGGAGUGAAGCUAAGAAACAGCUCAAUAGGGGAGGUACGCUGAUGAAAUGACAACUUGUUGACCUCCCGGCGUACGACACUCCCAAGGAUUUAGGAGGGUGGUUUAGUGGGUGAGAGCCCCACACAAACUCAUAGCAUUGCAUCCGCCCGCUGUGAGGACGGUGUUAGUUUCAACCCCACCUCUGGGCCAAAAAAAAAGUUGUAUGAAAUAGUAGUAAUAACGAAGAAAUGUAUUAUCACAGUAGAUUCUGCUCGAUAUAUAAACUUGACGAGAGAGAUGUAUUGUGAAAAUUGGAUUAGAAAAAGUUUUUAUGAUAGUAGGAAUCCUCCGAGAUAUAACGUAGUUAAAUAAAAAAGUGUAAGUUUAUAGGCUAGGUUCAGCGUUUGUCCACAAGAGGGCGCUUUUAAUUCAACGUUCGUCCGUUAGAGGACGUAUAUAGUUUAACUUGCGGCCGCUAGGUAGAAUUUGAUUUCUAGUCGACGUUUUCAAAGUAGAAGCAUUUUUGAUGUAGAUCUAAUGGCAAUUGAAUUGAGAAAAACUGAAGUAAUAUUUAUUAGUAGAAGUAAUAUAUCAAUAAAAAAAUUCCUGGUUUAAUGAAACGGAAAAAUCAUAAGUCAUUUUGUAGGAUUAAGAUCCAAAAUGUAUGCAUAUAAAUUAUAUAUUAAUUCUUCGAAUGAGGAACAGAGUAAUUAAAAAAUCAAAAGGAGUUAAAGUUGCAACCGUAAAGAACAAAAUAACCUUUGAUGAUUAUGUGAAAUGUUUAAAGGAAAAAACCGAUAAAAUUAUAACUCAACAGUCUAUUCGUUCUUAUGCUCACAAUAUUUAUUCCAUAGAACAAAAGGAAGUUGGUUUAAGUUAUAAUGAUGAUAAACGUCAAUUACUUUCUUCAUCAUUUGAUACAUUGCCGUGGAGUCAUUAUAGAAAUUAGUUUGUUUCAGAUAAUGGUUUUUGUUCCUUCACUUCAAGAUAUUUCCAUUAAAGAAAUUUGUAAAAAUGUUAAUAGUAUUUUAGAAUUUACAAAUCAAAAUUUAUUACCUCAUAAGCUUACUUAUAAGGUUAUGUUAACAUAUAGCGAACACAGAUGGAACUUUUUAUUUAACAAUUCCAGAGUCACUAACAAUCAUACUUAUUGAUUGGAAAACAUUAAAGACUCGCAAUAUAUACCAAAUAAUUUGCGUAAUUGUGUAAUUGAUGAAUCAAAUUGGGAUAAUUUGUAUAAAUUAAAAAGAUAUUGUGUUUGGUUCCAUUACUAUUAUGUGAAAAAUUUAAAUUUAGUGCUAUGUCAACGUUGUGUUCGACAACUCGAAUACAUUUUAGACAAAAAUAAUAUGAAUUUCAAAUUACAUGUUAUAAGAGAUCAUUAUCAUCGCGUUCAUGCUACCGAAGAUUUUGAUACAUUAUAUGGUUCGAAAUUUUCGUGGUAUCAAAAUGAAUUCAAUCGAGUGUUGUUUUAUGAUAUGAUAUUUAUGAUAGUUUUUAAUUUUUUUUUAUUCGAUAAAUUAAAUUUGUAUAAAAUUUAUUUUUUUUUUAUUCUGUAAUACUGCAAAUUGACUAAACCUAUAAAUAAUGUAUACUUCAAACUUACUAUUUAUAUAUAUAUUUAUAUAUAUAUUUUUUUUAAAGAUAAUGUAAAUAAAACGACUGCUCAAUACUUGAUUGUUUUAUUUCUCAAAAUUAUACACUUUCAAAUCUAAAGAAAAAAAAAUUAUUCAUAAAUAGAUAGUACACGAGUAAGAAGUGCUUUUAGCUGUUCUUUCAGACUGGUGUUGGGGUAUGGUAUGCCAAAAAGAUUCCAAUCAAAUGGUCCAGAUGAUACAACACUUCUCGAAUAUUCGCUGAAUUUGUAGUAGGAGGUGUCUUGAGUGAAAAAGUAAAUGUAUUCAUCGAUAUAUCGGAAUGCAGGUAGGAUUUUUCGGAAGCCCCAAAAAACGAUCGCUAACUCGAGCUCUAUUCAAAAUUUUCUUAAAUCCAUCAUUGAAUUCGAUGUAAUAUGCUUGAUCAUGAAACACAAAAAUUUGACCACUAUUUGUUUGAAAAAUAACAUCGACUUUCGAAUUAGUUGGUAUGACUUUGUUUAUUUCCGAUAUAGUCAAAUCUGGGAAAGAUGUCGUAUAACAAUCGCCGCACAUACGUAGAUUUCUAGGAAUUAGGCGGACAUAAGUCGAAAUUCCAAUAAUCGACUAAUGACAAACAAUUUUUUUCCUGGAAUAGUAGAUUACCUGACGAACAAUAGCCAACCCCACCCACAUCCCUAGACUGCGCCAGCGCACUGCAUUACUAGUCGAAACUUGAUUGUCGCACUUACUGCACAUGAAAGUUCUGACGCCCUUUUCGUAAUCAUUUUCUUCGGUGAAUAUUUUAUGUGUCGUGUCAUAUUUGCUUGUUUAAUUGAUGGAUACCAAUAAUACAGGUAAGCCUUUAUUAAAUUAAUAUGAAAUUGUAUUAAAUAUAUUGUCAAUAAAUGAUUUAAUGAGCCGUCAAUAAUACCCUUUUUUAGAAAUGUUUUUUCUUUAUUUUUCAAUUUCAAUCGAAAAAAAAAACUUUACUUCCGCACCUUUCCGAGUUACAUUUUUGAUUUCAUUAUAUAGUAUAAAGACUUAUAAAGAAAACUGCUUAAAAUCAGCUGCUAGUUUUAAAAAUAAACGAGUUUGAAAUUUUUUUGACAAAAAUAGGAAAAUAUCAGAUUUUAUGUUUUUGUGUUAUUAUUUUUUUAUUGUUAUAGGUUCACCUGGCUGCUCGGGGGUGAAAAUGUUGACUCGUAAAUACCUCUUCGAUAAAAUGAACGAGCAACAUUCAUUAUCGAUAAAUGAAAAAAUUAAAGAUUUAGAAAAUUAUUUACUCGUGUGUUACGGGGACACAGAAGAACAUAAAAAUAUGAUAAAAAAGAAGUUUUCGUAUUUUAAAUGUGAUUUGAUAAAGAGGUGGUCUCGGGCGCAUAGAAUACUUGAAAACUUUUUGGCGGACAAUAAUUCUUGGUUGGAAGGAACAUUUGAGAUCCCCGUAGACACGAAUCAAAGGCCAGGACGACCUACCAAAUCUUUUACCGAAUCUAGCGAAAGAACAAAGAGAACAAAUACUGAAGGAGUCCGCGCAUCAGUCGACGAAGAAGUAAUUGUUCUCGCGGCACAAGUAAUUUUAAAAACAGAAGAAAAAAGAAAUGCGUCUACUGUUUUAAAAGACAUUACAAAUUCUUCUGCAUCUGCCAGUGAUUGUAAAAACAGACAUUCAAAGUCUAAAGAAAUAGAGCCCCUUACUCCUCUGCAAGCACUGACAAUGUUUGUUGAAGCCGAUUUGACCAGAAGACAGUACGAGAUUAUUCGAGCAACGAACAAAAGAUUCUAUCCACAUUAUGAAUUAUUAUUGAAGGCCAAAGAAGAUUGCUACCCACCCAAGGAGUCAUUACGAGUGACGUCUACCUGCGCAGAAGGAAACCUACAAUCUUUGUUGGAUCACACUGUAACCAGAUUAUCCCUCUUCUUAGAAGAAGUCUUACUCACCCUUGAUGCCGUUGAAAGGAACUCGUUACUGUUAAUCUGCAAAUGGGGUUGUGACAGCUCUCAACAAGCCCAGUUUAAAUAAAGACUCUCAAACGAAGAUGAAUCUGAUGCUAAUAUUUUUAUAAGCUCAUUUGUGCCUUUACGAAUUGUUUGUGGCAAAAUCCAACUCCAUCUUCACCUAGAUAUUGCCGUCCAAUAAGAUUUAGAUUCGUAAAAGAAUCUACGGACAUCACAAAAGAAGAAAUCAAUUAUGUAAAGAAUAGUGUAAACUCAUUAAACUUGACGAAAGUUGACCUCAAUGGAGUGAAUUUUUUUUUCAACAUAGU